AUGUCGAUGGAUCUCGACGCCCCGGUCUCUCUUCCCUCCCUUCACAAACCACAGGCGGCAACAAUCCUCUGCUGUAACUGUGGCGCACCCAUAGAUGGCACGACCUCGGCAGGUGCAAUGUGCUAUGACUGCAUCAAGCUGACUUGCGAUGUAUCGGAAGGAAUUCAACGGGAGGGUGUAUUGCAUAUGUGCCGGGAUUGUGAACGAUGGUUGAGUCCACCCUCACAAUGGGUGACAGCAACGCCAGAAAGUCGAGAGCUGCUGGCCUUAUGUCUCCGAAAACUCCGCGGUCUCAACAAAGUUCGGAUCAUCGAUGCCAGCUUUAUUUGGACAGAGCCCCAUUCACGACGUGUCAAAGUCAAAAUCACAGUCCAGCAAGAAGCCUUUGAGGGCACCAUCCUUCAACAAACCUUCGAGGUCGAGUACGUUGUCGCUUAUCAACAAUGUCCGGAAUGUGCCAAAUCAUACACCCCAAACACCUGGCGAGCCUCGGUCCAAGUCCGACAGAAAGUGCCACACAAGCGGACCUUUUUGUACCUCGAACAACUGGUCCUGAAGCAUCAAGCGCAUAAAGAGACCAUCAACAUCAAGGAAGUCAAAGACGGCCUGGAUUUCUAUUUUGCCCAGCGUAACCACGCCGAAAAGUUCGUGGACUUUCUUACUUCCGUGGCGCCGGUCAAGGUGAAGAAGUCCCAGGAGUUGAUUUCCACGGAUGUGCAUACGUCCUCCAAAUCCUACAAGUUUACCUUCUCAUGCGAACUGCUUCCUAUCUGCAAGGACGACUUGGUUGCGCUUCCUAUCAAACUCGCCAAAUCAAUCGGCAAUAUUUCACCCCUAGCAGUGUGCUACAGAGUAGGUACCUCUGUCAACCUUCUCGACCCGACCACACUGCAAACGGCAGAUUUACCUUCAAACACAUACUGGAGAAUGCCUUUCAAGAGUCUGGCUGAUAUGCAAGAGCUUGUGGAAUUUGUUGUACUCGACAUUGAACCUCUGGGCACCCAGAAUGGCCGGUUCCACGGGGCCGAGGCCACCGUGGCACGAGCUUCCGAUCUGGGCGUCAACGACAAGACGUACUAUGUGAGGACGCAUCUCGGAGGGGUGCUGCAUGCGGGAGAUUCUGUGCUUGGCUAUCACCUCACUGGCACCAACUUUAACAACGCCAACUUUGAGGAACUCGAACAGAGCAACAACUUCUCAUCAACCAUCCCCGAUGUCAUUCUAGUGAAGAAAUUCUACGCACGGAAGAAGAAGUCGAAGGCCAGAAGCUGGAAGCUCCGACGCUUGGCCAAGGAUGAGGGUGAAUUGCUUCCGAAGAAGGCCGAUCAGGACAGGAUGGAAGCCGACUAUGAGACCUUCUUGCGGGAUGUGGAAGAGGACGCCGAGCUCAGACAGACUUUGGCCUUGUACAAGGCUCAACAGCAGAAGAGAAAGGAGGCUGAUGAGAUGAGUAUGGCUACUGGAGAAAGUAUCGAGGAUGAAGUGCCAGAAAUCAAUAUGGACGAACUACUGGAUGACUUCGAGGAUCUGAAUGUCCACGACUACGCAUGA